CAUUCUUUCCUUUAACCCCUGAUAGAAAUGGCUCUCUCUACAUUCUCUAAAUCAUUAUUCAUCUCCUUCUUAGUCUCGUCUUUCGCCUGUUUUGCUUUCGCUCGCGAUUUCUCUAUUGUGGGUUAUUCGCCAGAGGAUUUGACUUCCCUGGACGGACUCCUUGAUCUGUUUGAAUCAUGGAUGUCCAAACAUGGCAAAGCAUACGAAAGUGUUGAAGAGAAGUUGCAGAGAUUCCAAGUUUUCAAGGAUAAUCUGAAGCACAUCGAUGAUAGGAAUAAAAUGGUUAGUAACUAUUGGCUUGGAUUGAAUGAAUUUGCAGAUCUGAGCCAUGAAGAGUUCAAAAAAAUGUAUCUAGGCGUUAAAGUUGACUUGUCAAAUACAAGAAAGUACCCUACUGAGGAAUUCACCUACAAAAAUGUUGUGGAUUUGCCUAAAUCCGUGGACUGGAGAAAGAAAAGAGCUGUUACUCGCGUCAAGAACCAAGGUUCAUGUGGGAGUUGCUGGGCAUUUUCAACUGUGGCUGCUGUUGAGGGCAUCAACCAAAUAGUGACCGGAAAUUUAACGUCUCUGUCGGAGCAAGAGUUAAUUGACUGUGACACAACCUACAACCAUGGCUGCAAUGGAGGUCUCAUGGAUUAUGCGUUCGCCUUCAUCAUUUCUAACCAUGGGCUUCAUAAGGAAGAUGACUAUCCUUAUAUUAUGAAGGAAGGCACUUGUGAUGAGAGGAAGGGAGAAUCAGAGGUUGUGACCAUUAGUGGGUACCAUGACGUGCCGGAGAACAACGAACAGAGCCUCUUGAAGGCACUUGCAAACCAGCCUCUAAGUGUGGCCAUUGAGGCCUCUGGCAGAGAUUUCCAAUUUUACAGUGGGGGUGUGUUUGAUGGGCAUUGUGGAAGUGAGCUGGACCACGGAGUGGCAGCUGUUGGAUAUGGUUCAACCAAGGGGGUGGACUACAUUAUUGUGAAGAACUCUUGGGGAUCAAAAUGGGGAGAGAAAGGAUACAUAAGGAUGAAGAGAAACACUGGGAAGCCUCAAGGACUAUGUGGAAUCAACAAAAUGGCUUCUUACCCUACUAAAAAGAAGUGAUUUCCUUCAUUUUUUACUGCAACUUUUUUUUUUUUCUUUUUUCUUUUUUUUUUUUUCCUCCUUUGUAUGAUGUUUGGAUUAUUGUGAUCAUGAUAUGAUGUGAUUCUCAUAAAGAAAAUUCUUUACAUUUCA